GCCGCCUGGGAGGGAUGGUUUUCGCGACAGAGCAGAGCCGCGGCGGCUGCCGCCUCCGCGGGUGCUGAGACGGGAUUUUCGUGGUGCAGUUCCCGGGCUCCCAGCUUCAUGACUGCGCGGAGCGGGGAAUCGCCAACACCAUGCGAGCACAAAUUGAAGUGAUACCAUGCAAAAUCUGUGGUGAUAAGUCCUCUGGAAUACAUUAUGGAGUCAUCACAUGUGAAGGCUGCAAGGGAUUCUUUCGGAGGAGUCAGCAGAACAAUGCCUCCUACUCCUGCCCAAGGCAGAGAAACUGUUUAAUUGACAGAACCAACAGAAAUCGUUGCCAACACUGCCGACUGCAGAAAUGUCUUGCCCUGGGAAUGUCUAGAGAUGCUGUGAAAUUUGGAAGAAUGUCCAAAAAGCAGAGGGAUAGCUUGUAUGCUGAAGUGCAGAAGCACCAGCAGCGAUUGCAGGAACAGCGGCAGCAGCAGAGCGGUGAGGCAGAAGCCCUUGCCAGGGUUUACAGCAACAGCAUCAGCAACGGCUUGGGCAAUCUGAACAACGAAACGGGCAGCACCUAUUCAAAUGGGCACGUCAUCGACCUGCCAAAGUCUGAGGGUUAUUACAACGUGGAUUCUGCCCAGCCUUCUCCAGAUCAGUCUGGCUUAGACAUGACUGGAAUCAAACAGAUAAAGCAGGAACCUAUCUAUGACCUCACCUCUGUACCAAACUUGUUUACCUAUAGCUCUUUCAACAAUGGGCAGUUAGCUCCGGGGAUAUCCAUGACUGAAAUAGAUCGAAUUGCACAGAAUAUCAUUAAAUCUCACUUGGAGACAUGCCAAUAUACAAUGGAGGAGCUACACCAGCUAGCUUGGCAAACCCACACAUAUGAAGAAAUUAAGGUUUACCAGAGCAAGACCAGAGAAGCCCUUUGGCAGCAGUGUGCCAUUCAGAUCACUCAUGCUAUCCAGUAUGUGGUGGAGUUCGCAAAGCGGAUAACAGGCUUUAUGGAGCUCUGCCAGAAUGACCAAAUUCUCCUCCUUAAGUCAGGCUGCUUGGAAGUGGUUUUGGUGAGAAUGUGCCGUGCCUUCAACCCACUCAACAAUACUGUUCUGUUUGAAGGAAAGUAUGGAGGGAUGCAGAUGUUCAAAGCCUUGGGUUCUGAUGAUCUGGUGAAUGAAGCAUUUGACUUUGCUAAGAAUUUAUGUUCCUUACAGCUGACUGAGGAGGAGAUUGCCUUGUUUUCAUCUGCUGUUCUGAUAUCACCAGAUCGAGCCUGGUUAAUAGAGCCAAGGAAGGUCCAGAAGCUUCAGGAAAAGAUUUACUUUGCACUUCAACAUGUGAUCCAGAAGAACCACCUCGAUGAUGAGACUUUGACAAAGUUAAUAGCCAAGAUACCAACCAUUACUGCACUUUGCAACUUGCACGGAGAGAAACUACAGGUAUUUAAACAGUCUCACCCAGAUAUAGUGAACACACUAUUUCCUCCAUUAUACAAGGAGCUUUUCAAUCCAGACUCAACCACUGGCUGCAAGUGAAGGGGAUAAUGAAAUUUUCACGUAGUCAUGGAAUGCAUCACUGUUAAGACAAAAAGAAAUGUUUUCAUAAUGAACUUAUUAAAAAUGUCACUACUGCAACACUAGGAAUGUUCUGCACUUAAUAGAAUUAUUUUUCACCGCUACAGUUUGAAGAAUGUAAAUAUGCAAUUCUGAGUGGGGAUGUCUUUUUUCUCUUUUCUUUGUUUACCUUUUUUUUUUUCUUACUGAACUGACAAUGAAUAUACAAAUAUAGGACACUGGGUGUUACCUUUUUUUUUUUAUUUUAUUUUAUUGGGAUAUGUUUUGGGAGACAACUGUUCAUAGAAUUUUAUUGUAGAUAUAAAUGAGAAUAGAGCAGUACUUUGCAGUAUUACUCUUGCUGUUUAUUGUUCAAAUAUAAUUUAAGAAAAUUCCACUUAUUAGUCUUGCCUAUUUCUAUGUUUUUAGAUAGUUUAAUGCAUGUGGAAAUUUGUAGCUGUCUUGGAAAUUAUUGUGCAUGUAUGAAAUACAUAUAUAUAUGUAUAUGUUGUGUAUACUUAUAUAUGUAUGUAUGUAUUAUAUGCAUACAUGCUGUAGCUUAAAAGUCCCAUGCCUACUUUUAAAGGAUGCUCAGCCAGGCUGUCAUGCAUUUCUUGCUCUCCAAGUAAUAUAUUAGAUUUACUUUGGGCAAUCACGAUUUGCUUUGCCAGUCAACAGCCAAUGCGUAAUUACAGGAUCACUCCUGAAACGUGUAAUGUAGUGCAUAUAUGCAGUCUGUAAGUGAAACAUCAGGAAUAUACCAAUGGUGCAAAAGCCUUGUCUGGAUGAUUUCAGUGGAGAGAGGAAAAGCUUUUUGUCAAUAUUCUCCCUGCAACAGGGGUACAGCAUAUGUAAGAGUGAACAUUUUAGGACCUGUGUCAGUGAAGUAUCUGAAACACAGAAUAAAAACACAGACUGUCCCAACCGCUUCUCUGAUUAUACAAAAGAUUUUAUUUAACUGUGUGCUUAUUUGAAAAAUAGUUGCAAGACUUGGCUUGGUUUUUGGUAAUUUUUUUUUUCUCAUUUGUUGUUGUUGUUUUAAAGAAAUAUAGUGAACUCAGUGAACCUUAGGAAGCCUAAAAUGUAGCUCCGAAAAGUAUCAUCAGAGAAAGGGAGGGAGGAGGAAAGUGGAAUUGAACAGUAGCCAUGGUUAUGAAGAUGAACAUAACACUAUUACCAACAAAGCCAUCACCUAAACAAGACUGAUGGCUUCCAUUCCAUGUAUAUAUAUAUGUUAAAUACACUUAUAUAUACACAAACAUAGGGUUGAUUUGAUGCUUAUUUCAGGAGGCAAGCAAAGGAUUGGGGCUUUCUUCUUGUCUGUCUCUAAAUUGAUUUUAUGUGCAUUUGCUUGCAAAACCAAAGGUGAAUACAGAGAGGAGUGGAAGACUGCCACAGACACAAUCUCAUAGGUUAAUUGAAUUUAAUUGCAGUCAUGAUUAAUGCAUUUGGAUUCUGCCAGAGAUAAAAUUAAAAAAA